GUUAUGGGCGAAGAGAGGAUCUUUGGGUUUAGCGCGGCAGUAGACACCAUGAAUCCUCAAACUCCAGCCAAGCCAUCGUCUGCUGAUAUUCCGGUGUCAUCUGAUGUUCCGGAAGCUGUCCAAGAUCACCCAUUCAGCAACAGUAGUGUUCAAAUUACAGACGACAACUUGGAGAAGAAACGGAAAAUAGCAAGACCCUACAGUCAAAAAGAAAGUGAUGAAAGUUUAACCUUACAAGGAGAAAUCCUGCAGAUUCAGAGAGAAUCUCUCGAGGUGGAUAAGGAAAGGUUACGAAUGGAAAAGGAGCGACUGAAUAUAGAACGCCGUCGUCUUGCAAUGGAAGAAGAGCGUUUCUGAAGCUACCAGGAGAGUCAGUUUUAUCCACGACAGUCUCCAGUGCUACAGUUGGAGGUUCUGAUGAAUAUGAACUCUUUAGCUC